AUGGAGACUGAGAACCGGGAGGAAGAAGCGGGGCUCCCUGGCCAGGGGCUGGCUCUGCCCAGCCUCUCUAGGUCUUCAGCCGCACCCUGCUGGCCUGGCAUCAGGUCUGGGAGAGAGGAGAGGCCCCAGCCCUACCGCAGCCCCGGAUGGUCUCCCUCCGCGCCUCUGGGGGAGGAGCGCCAGGGGCUUGCACACCCCGGCCCUGUACCGCCCCUGCUUUCCCCACCACCUCGCUUACCCAGAGCCCCACCCCACCCCCAGACCCCACCCCGGGAGAUGUGUCUUCCGGUGCAGGGGUCCCCAGAGGCAGGCUGGAAUGAGCUGGCAAUAGGAAAGACAGCUCGGCGAGGGGACUGGAACGAGGUGGGUCACGAGCCCCGGGCGGGGAGGACCCAUGGGAGAGGGGCAGGAUUCCCGGUACCUUCAGGGGCCUGGGGCGUGGGGCAGGCGCGCAGCAGCCUCCUCGCAGACAUACAUCCCCUGGCGCAUCUCCUCUCCGCCUCCCGCCUCCCGUUGCCAAGACAACCUGCCCGGGCUUGGCGGCAGGGGCGGGGACCGGGAGGAAGAGGAAGCUGUGGCUCCCGCGGCCUGUCCCCCGGUGAUGGAGGGAGGGCGCCCGACGGGAGCCCCUUAGCGCUGGGGCUGGGGUGCCCUGGCAAGUCUCCCCUCGCCCGCUCCCUCUGCGGGAAGCCUCAAGGGACCCCUAACUCAGGGCCAGUCAGGAAGCUCAGCACGGGGCGGGGAAGGGAGCCGGAGCCCUGGGGCAAUCACCUCACCUCCCUCCCAGCCCCCAAGACCUGGAGCAAAGCCAGAGCCCGGGCUAGACCCCUUCUGACCCCAGAGUCCUCCUCCCACUGCUCCUGCCCCCAGUCAAGUCCCUCCUCGGAGCCCGCGCGCCAGCCACCGUGGGCAGGAGCAGUCGCGGGUCCAGCCAGCCCUGAACCCAAGGGGACCGCAGCGUUAGGGCUCCCUCUGUCGACCUGCCAAGGUCAUUCCUUGGUGCAAGGGAUCCUGGGGCGCGUGUGUGCCUGCGCACUGGCCCUGGCUAAGAGGGGUCCCAGGAGCUCAAGACGGGGAGAGCUGAACAGACUUCCCCAGAGCGGGAAGAGUCUUCAGGACUCUGGGGCCUGGGUGCUGGUGAGCAGGCGAGAGGCCCAGCCAGGGCCCGAAGCAGGCACUGGACGUGUAGGCUCAGGCAGGGCGAGGCCACUUCCCUGGCCGUCUCUCACCUCCAGCAGCAAGAAAGCAAACAGUGAGGGCUUUCUGGCGCUGGCCCCCAGAGGCCUGCCUGUGCCCGGGGGAGUUUUAGGCCAUUCUCUGGAGAGCUGGCAAGCACGGACGUGGUUCCUCGCCGUGAUCCCCCUCGUCCAGGGAGGGGGAGGGGAAACUGAGGCUGGGGAAUCCGCAGAAGGGGACCCGGCUCAGUGGAGGCUGAUCGCGGGGGUCACUGCCAGGAAGGGCCGCCCACUCGCGACCGCGCACCUGGCGGCUCGUAGGCCAGGCGGCCCGCGGCGCGCGCGCGCGGGGCAGCACCGCCCCUCCCCCCGGCCGCCGCCUCUAAUUGGGAUUUGCCCAGGUGUGGACCCCGCCCGCGCCCCCAGCGGGGACCGCGGGGAACAGAGGCCGCCUUCCGCCUCCUCCCCCUUCCGCCCGCCCCCUGGCCCUCCUCACCGGAAAACCGCAGUCUCGCCGCCUGCGAGGAGGCCCCCGGCCCCCGUGUGCCUGGGCUUGGGGCCUCCCUCGCCCCAACAGGUAGCACGGGAUGCGCCGCGCGAGCCGGGGAAACCGGAGCCGGCGCGCGGGGAGGGGCCCGGGGGCCGAGCGCGCCCUGGGCGCAGGUGCGGCCCCGCCGCGCAUCCCGCUGCCCGCCCUGCACCUGCGCGCGCCCCCGCGGCCGGCCCACCCUGCUCAGAGAGCCCGUUUGCAGGAAAAAUGGUUUUUAUUCCGGGGCUGGGGGCGGGGGUGCACGCCCGGGUCGCGCUCCGCCCGCGAGGCCUCGGGCGGGGUGUGUGCGGCGAGGGCGGCGCCACAGUUCCUUUCCCGGGGGUCUGA